AUGGCGGCUGCGCAGAUUGAUAACCAUCUCGCCAUCGCGGCGCCGGAAAAGGAGUCGAUUGAUCCGAAAGAUGGCGUCUCGCCAUCAGAGACGCUCGUUAGUGACCCCUCGGCUCCAAGAGAGCCGGUGCUGGAAAAGGCGGCUAAGCCUCCCUCUCCUCGCCCUGUCCACGGUGCCAAGUGGGUCCUCGUCGUCGUCUCCCUCCUCGCCUCGUUCCUCCUCUACGCCCUCGACACCACCAUCGUCGCGACCAUCCAGCCCGCCAUCGUCGACGCCUUUGGCCACGUCGACCUCGUACCCUGGCUGGGGGUCUCAUUUGCGCUCGCCUCCGCCGCCAGCACCCUGAUAUGGUCUAAAUCCUUUGGCCUCUUCUCCGCCAAGAGGCUCUUCCUCGGCGCUACCGCCCUCUUCAUGGGCGCCUCGGCCCUCUGCGGCGGCGCCCCGACCAUUACAGCCUUCAUCGUCGGCCGCGCCCUCGCCGGCGUCGGCGGCACCGGCAUGUACAUGGGCCUCCUCACCCUCCUCUCCGUUAAUACCUCCGACGCCGAGCGCCCGCGCUACCUUAGCCUCACCGGCUUCUGGUGGGGCAUCGGCACCGUCCUGGGACCGGUCGUCGGCGGCGCCUUUGCGCAGAGCGCGGCAACCUGGCGCUGGGCGUUUUACCUGAACCCUUGCAUCGGCGGCGUCGUCGCGCCCAUUUACUUGCUCGUCCUCCCCAACUACCAGCCGAUGCCGGGCGUGUCGCUGCGGGCGCGCCUCGCCAAGCUGGACUAUGUUGGCGCGCUCUUAUCCUCUAGCCUGUUCCUCUGUAUUAUGAUGGCGAUGAACUUUGGGGGUGUGCUCUGGCCGUGGCACGAUGGUAGGAGUAUUGCGCUCUUUAUUCUUUCUAGUGUUUUGUUUGCUGCAUUUUGCGUUCAGCAGUGCUUCUGCCUGCUGACCUCGCCUAGCGAUCGCGUCUUCCCUAUGCACUUCUUCCGAAACUUUGAGCUGGUUAUCCUCUUUAUUACUAUGAUGUUUGCGGCCUUUGGUACAUUUAUCACUAUCUACUACCUCCCACUCUACUUUCAAUUCACCCGAGGCGCCACAGCUCUUCAGACCUCUGUCCAUAUUCUGCCCUAUAUCCUCUGUCUCUCUGCCAGCGUCCUCAUCAACGGUGAUUUUAUGGCCAAAUUUGGCUACUACUAUCCCUGGUAUACUUUUGGAUCCGCGUUGCAGCUAAUCGGUGGUGCUUUGCUCUUCACCGCCGAUGAACAAACCAGCAACGCCAAGAUUUACGGUUACACAAUCUUGCUGGGCGUCGGUGUUGGUUGCUACUGCCAAGCUGGCUUUCCCAUCGCGCAGAUGAAGGUAGCUGCUUCAGACAUUGCCUACAGCGUGGGCUUCAUGACUGUCAGCCAAAUGCUGGGCAUCGCCCUCGGCACGGGUAUAUCAGGCGCCGUCUUUGUCAACAAGGCCCAUCAGGGUCUACAGCAUCUGUUUCCUAAUGCAUUCGCUGAGGAGAUUUCCUCGGCUGUCGCAGGUGUUGGCAGUGACCUUAUUAACAAAGCCAGCAAAGAAGUCGCUGCAGCCGCCAUCCACGUCAUUGCUCUAGCCAUCCAAGACGCCUUUAUUCCUGUAUUCGUAACAGGUGCCGUCUCCUUCUUGUGCAGCUUGGCUAUGAAGAAAGAGAAGCUCUUUUGCUAG